AUGUCAAAGCUUGAAUCAGGAGAAGAAUUAUCAAGAGUAUUAAUAAAAUCGGCACCAGAUAAUUUAAGAGAAAUUAGAUUAGUGGAAAUGGUUUCACAUCGUUAUGGGAUUACAUUUUCAUUGGAAACCUUGGAUGCUUUUUUAGAUAAUUGGAGAGAGAAUUUAAAUGUGGUAAAACCGUGGGAAGUUUUAUUUGGUGGUGAUGUGUAG